AAACUCAAGGACGCACAUUGUGCCAUUCUUGUGGUCAAGAUGAAGAGAACACUGAUAAUGUUUUCGUUUAUUCUUCUGCAACUUCUGUUAGGAAACUCUCUUUCUCCAAAACAUUCUUCACCCAAACCAAAUGCAGAAGUCACUGUAAUGGGUUUUGUCUACUGUGAUGUCUGCUCCAACAACAGUUUCACCAGACACAGUUACUUCAUGUCAGGCGUGGAAGUGAGAAUAGUCUGCAGAUUCAAAGCAGCUUCGUCAAGAACAAACGAGAUGAUAACAUUCUCUGCAAACAGAACCACUAACGAGUUCGGACUCUACAAGGUAGCCAUUACUUCUCUAGACUGUGCUGACGUGGACAGUCUCGCGAGUUCUUGUCAAGCGAAGAUAUUGUCUACUACUAGAAACGAAAAGUUGGUUGAUCGUUUAUAA